UUAUGAAGACCUACACCACUUCCUGUACACCACUUCCUGUAAAAGGUUCUAUUUUCAUAUAAUGCGUGUGCCAACGUUUCUCGAAAUUGCUUUUAGUUGUACGAGUUUUACCGAACCAGCUUUUCAUCCACGAUCUAUUUGAAACAAACAAAGAACGGGUUUUACACUUCUGGUUCCUAAAGAUGUCUGCAGAAAUGGACUUGUCUCCCCCAGAAGUUCCCGAAGCAACAUUUCUCGAGAGCCUGCUGCGCUGUGGCCUCUUCCUUGGUGCCAUCUUCCAGCUCAUUUGCAUCCUGGCAAUCAUUGUGCCCACCUCCAAAGGCCAUGAAAAAGAGGAGGCCGAGUCCACCAAUGGCAAGGCAGCAGAUCAUGCAAAGAAACUCAAAGCGGCGGUGCCUCAAAUUAGGCCAAAAUCCAAGAAGGAGAGCAAAAAGAAGCGUUGAAAUGGAGCUUUGUCCUGCUUUAGUCACUAUUGCUCUUCAAAGCCACAAGAAGUAUAUGCAACACUGCAGUUGACAUCUUCUUUUGUCUGUGUAGACAACCAUGUUUGUUUGUUUUUUCUAUGAUCUCCAUUCAUUUUUAAAAAAAUAAACAUUGGCAAUUCAAUUUA